CUCACCAGCAGCAAGUGCACAACUGCAGUGUAUCCCCGACAAAAUGAGGGCGCCCGUAGCGCUGUUGGGCACAUUCACGGUGUUAUCAACCGCUCAUGGCUUCAUUGUGCGCCCCAAGGUCGUUCACAGCAGAAGAAGCGGCGGCGCCGAAAGGACGUGUCGCGCAUGUUCCCGCAGGCAGGCCAAGGGUCAACCUGCGAUUGAGCGAGAGCGGCCUGCGGAGAGACAGUUCAUCUCCAUCUUGUCGGCCGAUGGGACCGAGCAAAGGCUGCCAGUGGCGUCGGCCUCUAGCUUCCCUCUGUGGUUCAUCGACGGCGAUGAGCAGGUUGACGACGCCGGAAGAAAGCACGUUACCCAAGUUCCGGGACCAAACGCAGAGCUUGGCUGGGUUAAUCCACGAAGCUACAGUGAGCUGUGGGUUCCAGAAGGCAGCCCUGCGCCCGCCAUGAAGCUAUGCCUGGGCAUGCUGAUGAAGGACGGUGUUCCCAGGUACGUGAUGCCAAUGGUGGAUCUAGUCGUGUCCAAGGGAGGCCGGAAGUGGCGAAAUCGGGGCUUAAACAGCGUCCCCGUCGCGCACACGUGGGAGCCGGUCGAGCGCGCGGCGGCGGGCAGCGUGUUCCUCUCGGCGUACGCCGAGGAGAGGGUGGAAGGAAGCGAGACGGACAGCAUGUGGGGGGCUAUCGCCGAGAAGCUGCCUGUCACGGACGCGUUCACUGACAUCGUGAGCGUUCUGGCGGACCCACCAGAAGAGCUGGACAUCGGAAGCGGCUUCCACGUUCUGGUGGCAGAGGUCGCCGUCCCCGGUAGUGGUCCCGGAGGGUCGUCGGUGGUUGCAGCAGCCCGCGACGGGGGGCGGGUGCGCGUGUUUCUGAGCGAUGUGUCCGAGCCGGCAGAUCUGUUGGACCUAGAGGAAAUGGGGAAAGGAGGCAUCCGGGGGGUGGCGGCGCUGGGCUUCGACGUUGUGUCCGUCGCAAACGGCGGGGAGAGCGAGUUUUUGCCCGAGGUUUACAGGCCAUUUUUCAAGCCGGGAGAGUAG